GGAAGCCGAGAGCCCGGUGUUGUGGCACCGGAGGUUGGGGCACGCCGGCUAUGAGACCUUGGCCAAGAUGGUCGAGGGCCCCGGGUUGGUCCGGGGUGUGGGGGUGAAAGCGGAGGCGUUCCGGGAGGAGAAAACCUCGGUGUGCGACCCUUGCAUCGUGGGAAAGCAAACCCGGAAGCCGUUCCCCAAAGAGUCGGACUCCAAGGAGAGUACGGAGCCCCUCGAGCUCGUGCACAUGGACGUGUGCGGGCCCAUGCCGGUGACGUCAAAGGGGGGGAGUAGGCACUCGGCCACUUUCCUCGACGACUAUAGCAAGCUCUCGGUGGUCCAACCGUUGAAGCGGAAGAGCGACGUUACGGCGGUCACGAAGAGCGUGUUUGCCCGCUUGGAGUUGCAAUUCGGGAAGAUGGUCAAGGCGGUAUAA